AUGAUUCUUCACUCCACUCCAUUCAAGAAUAAUGCAAACUGGCUGAACUCCCUUGAGAUCGAUCUACGUGCUGGAGACAUGUUGUUCCUGAACAACUUUGCCAUCCUGCACAGUCGAAAGUCAUUCACCGACAGCGCCGACAGCAAACGCUACCUGAUGCGCCUGUGGCUGCAUAACCCGGAGAAAUCAUGGGACUUGCCAAAAUCUCUGUGGCUGCCGUGGGAUCCUAUAUUUGCGCCACUCCGUGAGGUUCGCAAUUAUUGGGAUCAUGACCCGUUUGGGAUGGAGCGAGACUCUCCUGACUCAGAGCGUGAUAGCCCAGAGCCUAAUAGCCCUCCUCCUCAACCUCCUGUGGUGGUAUUUUCCACGAGUUGCGGUUAG